GGCAAUAAAGAAGGAUAUCUAUUCGGACGUGAAGAGGGACAGCGGUCAGACGAUGCCACUUUUCCUGGCAACAGGGUCGCCGUUUAGCUGUGACAUAAACUAUUUGACCUCAUAGAUAGGCAUGUCUGACCGUGCAGAGUACCGAUCAGCGGCCUCAACCGGUGAAAUGGACCUGCAUAUUGGGACGCUCCUCUUUAUUCAACGCCUGGCUAUCAAGGUGAGCAAACUUCGCACAUACAGCCAGCAGGAGGCAACAAGUCAUCAACCCUCCCCUUGACGCAUAGUGCUGGUAUUUGAGAUACUUCUUGACUCAGGCAGGACCGAUUUCGAGAUACGGUUUAGCUUCUGGGAGGAUGUCGACUUCAGAACCACUUGCGCAAGGCUUGAAAUCAGCCAAUGCGGGCCACAAAGCUCUAGAAAUGGACAUUUCCAUCGAGACACUACACGGUCUCUACAACGCAGGGUCCGCCACUCCCACAGACGUCGUCCGCGAGGUAUACUCACGGAUCGCUUCGUACUUCGACAAAGCCGUAUGGAUCACCUUGAUCCCGGAGGCUGAAGCUCUUCAGUGCGCAAAGGAUCUCGAACAGCAGUAUCCAAAUGUCACAGAUAGACCAGCUUUAUACGGCAUACCGUUCUCACUGAAGGACUCGGUCGACUUUGCCGGCAUGCGCACAACAGUGGCCUGUGAAAGCUACGCAUACACCGCAACAUCAACCGCACCUGUUGCCCAGCAUGUCCUUGACGCUGGCGGCAUCCUCAUCGGCAAGACGAAUCUUGACCAGUUCGCAACGGGUCUGACUGGGACGCGGUCGCCCUACGGCAUGCCACGCUGUGUGCACGACUCUGACUACGUGUCCGGUGGCAGCUCGUCUGGCUCGGUAGUCAGCGUUGCGGCAAACCUCGUGUCCUUCACCAUCUGCACCGACACAGCAGGCAGUACACGCGUGCCAGCCUCUUUCAACGGCAUGGUCGGUCUCAAGCCCACGCUUGGUACAAUUUCAGCGGUUGGACUCAUCCCCGCGGUCCAAACAGCGGAUUGCGUCUGCAUCAUAGCGGCAACCAUCGACUCGACACUCAAAGCCUGGGAUGUGAUGCGGGCGUACGACGAAGACGACGUCUACGCCCGCGACCCGGCGCAACUUUCUCUGCUCACAUCGCAACCAGUUUUUCCGACAGGCACCUCAAACUCAAACAUCACAUAUGGCCUUCCCCCACAGGAUCUGGUCCACUCAGUUCUUUCACCUGAAUACUCUAAGCUUUUCAGCGCAUUCCUGGCAAAAUUCCAGCAAGACAGCUCCUUCUACCGCUCCACAGACUUCGACUACGCACCAUUCGCCUCCGCCAACGCAAUGCUGUACGGCAGCUCAAUCGUGUCGCAACGCAUCGUUGCAUUCAAGCCGUACCUUGACACACACGGCUACGACCAGCUCCAUCCAGUCAUCCGCGAUAUCUUCAAGGCAAGCUCCGACUUCAGUGCCGUUCGGGCGUAUCAAGACAUCUUCGCGCUUGCAAAGGAUCGACGUCUGGCCGCGAAGCAGUUCCGAUCCAACCAGCACGACGGCAUCGACGUGCUAAUAGUACCUUCCACCACGAUGCAUCCCACCGUGUCGGAGAUCCUGGCCGACCCGAUCAACUUGAACAAGCAUUUGGGCGAGUUCACACACUUUGUCAACCUACUGGAUCUGUGCGCUGUCGCUGUACCCCUGAGCGCGACGUGGACUAGUAAGAACGGGAAGAAGAUGCCCUUCUCGGUGACUUUGAUCUCCACGCCCGGACGAGAUCGGGACUUGUUAGAGUUGGGACGGAAGAUAAUGGCCAUGACCUACGAUUAA